AUGGAGGUGAACGGUGUUUCCGUUAACCUCAGCGAACCAGCACCCUUCGACGCUCUCUCCAACGACGCACACGAAGCCGCUAUCGAAGACGUUCAUGCUAUGGAGGUGAACGAUGUUUCCGUUAACCUCAGCGAACCAGCACCCUUCGACGCUCUCUCCAACGACGCUGCAGAUCCCUCCGCGUCGGCUCAUCCCGCCCAGCCUGACACGCCGAUGCCUUCUCCGAUCGGGCAUGUUACCGAAGAAUUGCCCUCGCUGGAGAGCCCAGAGAAGUCGCCGGUGCCUUCCGAAGCCUCGACAUCGAUGUCUCCUCACUCCGACCCCCAUCAUAUCUCAGAGCCAGCUUGCCUGACGAAGUCUCCGCGGGGCCCCCUGAGGACCUGA